GUUUUGGCCACACCUAUUAUCGCAAAGCGGAUAGAUGGGUUAGCAAUGCAAGCGAAUGUUUGCGACUACAUAAACAUAGUCAGCUAAAUGAACGCGUAUUAUUAAUUUAAAACUGUAAUUUUGUCGGCAUAUCAACAUAUAAUUAUGGAUUCCGUCAACGCUUUCAACUUGGAGUUAUUCUCCAUGAUUGACAUGAAGCCUCCGAUAUCACGAGCAAAGAUGAUGUCAGUCACUAAAUCAGCAAUAAAGGCUAUCAAGCUAUACAAGCAUGUCGUCCAGAUUGUAGAGAAGUUCAUCAAGAAGUGUAAGCCAGAACUGAAAGUUCCUGGCCUAUACGUGGUGGAUUCCAUUGUCCGACAGUCCCGACACCAGUUUGGAGUGGACAAGGACGUCUAUGGACCCAGGUUCCAAAAGAACUUCACUCAGACCUUCCAGAACCUCUACCUCUGUCCACACGAUGACAAGAGUAAAAUCAUCCGUGUUCUCAACCUGUGGCAGAAGAACGCUGUAUUUGAGAUGGACAUCGUCCAGCCCCUGUUGGACAUGGCUGCUGGCUCCUUAGUCCCUGCUCCCUCCCCCGAGGAGGACCCCCAGCCCCAGGUGCCCAGUGCCUCUAUAGCAUCAGUCCAGUCCCCAGUCUCCAGUUCUUCCAUAGCAGCAGCCCUGCCCCAAGUCUCCAGUGCCUCCAUAGCAGCAGCCCUGCCCCAGCUCCCGCCACAGCUCCAGAACCCUGAGGCCCUGGCUGCCGUGGCACAGCUUUUCCAGUCUGGACAGGGACACGAGCUUCAGAAGAUCCUCCAGAGGUUCCAGCCAGGGCAACAGACUCCACCUAUGGUUCCCAACACCGUGGCUGAACAGAACCACCCUCAGAUGGUCCAAGGCCAGCAUAAUACACACCAUCCACUGUUGAACACACACCAGACACAUCCUACGGAGCAGAAGAACUCACUAGCUAAGAAACUCCUGGACCGUUUUGAUUAUGACGACGAACCAGAAGAAGUAAAGAGAGAGGAGAUGAAUCCCCUUGUUCCGGGGAACCAGUACGACGGCCAUUUUCCUGGUCAGAUGCAGCCCAGCCUGGAGCAACAGUUUCAGGGCCAGCCUGGCAGACAGCAGACGCCUGGUGGAGGAUACCCUGGUGCGAACAAGGGCUCCAGCCAYAGCCAGCACACUGACCAGCAGAACCAGGACCAGGGAAACCCCAGAGAAAGYGAAGAUCCGUCUGGGAGGAGGGAGGGGAGGCAGCGCGGCCACGGCAGGAAGUCACGCUCCAGGUCUGGCUCUCGUUCUCCCAGGAGAAAGAGGUCCAGGUCCGGCUCUCCCUCCCGGAAGCCCCGACACUCUUCACAGCGCUCUGGGUCCCGCUCCAGGGAAAGUCGCUGGAACUCCCCUCGCUCCCGCUCACAGGAGAGGAAGGAGAGAGAGAAGGACAAAGACCGUAGACAAAAAGGUCUGCCCAGCAUCAAGAGCCAGACACUCAGUGUUUGCACCACGACUCUGUGGGUGGGCCAGCUAGACAAGAAGACUUCUCAGCAGGACGUCAUGUGUUUACUAGAGGAGUUUGGGCAGAUAGACUCCAUCAAUAUGAUCCCUCCUCGUGGCUGUGCCUACAUAGUGAUGGUCCACAGACAGGAUGCCUACAGAGCUCUACACAAACUCGGCAGAGGAUCCUUCAAGGUCAACCAGAAGGCCAUCAAGAUUGCAUGGGCCUUGAACAAGGGUAUAAAGGCYACCCAUAAGAAGUUCUGGGACAUGGAGCGAGGCGUCACCUACAUCCCCUGGAGCAAAGUGAAGAUGGAGGAGCUGGAGGGGUACAGAGAGGGAGGCAUGCUGGACGCAGACACACUCUGUCCAGAGUGGGGKGAUGACGUGAAGGAGCUGACUAAACCAGGAGUACUGAACAAUGGAGGKGGAGUGGACGCCAUGGAGACCGAGGGAGCUGCCACCGCCCACGUACAGGUGCCUCCAGUCCAGCCAGUAGGGUCUAUGYGUGGUCCCCCUGGAUUCCCUGGCCCUCCCCCCUCCCUCACCCCCGGUGGACCCCCUCUCUUCCUGCCCGCUGGCUUCAACCCCACACAGCCUCCAGGUUUCCCUCAUCCAGUAGUGGGUGGGCCAGGAAGCACCAAAGAUGAAUCUGGAUCUAAAGACAAGGCUGGAGGGAGUGGUGGCCCCUCAGACACUCCAGACAGCCAGCUGGGAGCUCCAGGUGGACCAGGGGCCGUGAUGAGUCCUCCAGGCCCAGCAGUGUUACUGGGUCCCAGGCCGGCCAUGCUGCCCAUGCAGCCUCGUCCGGGUCUACCACCCCCUCACCUCCAGCCCCGCUUCCCCCCUCACCUCCCUCCCCCCAACAUGCCCCCAAUGAUGAUGGGCUCCAGGGGUCCCAACCACAUGUUCCCCCCCAGGGGGGGCCCUCCAGGUGGGUUCAGGAUGCCCAUGGGCCACCAGUCCAUGGAGGACUUUCCUCACGGACCCCCCAGACAUCCCUUCCAGCCUGGACCCCCCGGGGAAGACGGUGGCAACUGGGAGGGUGGGAGACACUUCAGGGGCGAGAGGCCAGGGUUUGGGGGACAUGACAGGGAUUGGGGGAGGUUUGGGGAGCAGGCGAGAGGGUUUCCGAGAGGAGGAAGAGGGGGAAACGGUUGGUCCAGAGGUGGGCCUGAGGGGAGGGACCGUUUCAUGAACCGACAGGAUAGAUUUGAACGGUGAUGACAGGGGCCAAGGGGGGUGGAGCUGAAGAGACGYGGAUCAGCAUCCAGGGUCCUGUAAGGAGAAAACCUUUUAGAACAGGAAUGAACGACCUGAUCUCGUCCAAUAAAAACACAGAGUUUAGUUUCUCUACAGUGUGUGUAACUGAACACAYCCCAGAUUAUCUCUGGCCUCAAGAGAACCACUUGGGAGACUGGGCACAUUUGAGUCAGACACAAACUUUGUAAUGUACAGCCUGUCUCUGAUCAAUUUCUCUACCGUUCCAAAGACAUUAAGACUAACACAAAGAAACAUUAUGGUCCGGUUAGACCAGACACAGAAUAGACCUAGUCRGUGAAUAAAUGGAUGGAUCUCUGUUAGAAUGACUUCUUAGUCCAGGACUAGAUUUAAUCUGUGUCUGGGGAAACCGACUCUYUGAGAAUAUCACAGUUUAAACCAACGGAAGUCUAAUUUUGCAGUCAGUUUAUGUGAAUAACUUUGUCCUAUUUUGAGCUGGUGUAUUCUGACAGAAAACCACAGAGAAGAAUACUGCUUGGUAUAUAUUGUAUGUGCUGAUGAAGGCCAAUAUCUUGUUUGGUAUAUUUUGAGUGAAUGUUUUGUUAAUUCUCAAGUAAGUCUGUUACUAGGCCAGUUAGUAAAACAAACUUUAUUUGUUGUCAGUUUUACGGUUGGAUCUGAAAACACGAUGAUCUUUGUAUUGAUUGGGGGGGGGGGGGCGCGCUUCAGAACCCGAAAAUAUUUUGCUUCAGAAUUUGUAUCAUUAGCUGUUUUGUUUUUAGUAAACUAUUUUUGUACUAAG